AUGGAUCGCGAGCUAGCUUCGACGUCCAUCACCGUUGCGAGGGAGGUGACGGCAGCAAGCGACGAGGACCUGGCAUCACCAAGGAUGCGAAAACCAUCCGCGAAAGUUCGAUUGAACCAGACUCACCAAGAAAUCACCGAAGAUGCGAUCGAGCGAGCGGCCGAGACUGCUGGCAGCGGCCGACGCGCGACCACUACUCGAGCCGCAACUCUGGCCAAGGAACGCGUGAAGCCCGUUGACAACGACGAUAAAGGGCUGCUCCUGACAAUGGGCAAGCAGAUCAAAGAGCUACACGCAGCGAUCAAGAUCGCGUUUGAUGCGUGGAAGAAGUCGGAAAUCUUAAACCAAAACGUUGAGGCAGAGCUUCGCGUAGUUACGUCGGAGCUUCAAACAGUCAAGAACGAGCUACAGGCCGUCAAAGGAGAGCUGCAAGCGAUGAAGCAACGCGUGGGGGACGAAAGCGCCAAGACGAACGAGAAUCUCGAAGCACUCGCGACAGUUCCAGCGAUGCAGAACAGCCCGAGUAUGUCGUACGCACACGCCGUCCGAAGCGGCUUAGUCGGGCAAGCACGCGAUUCCAGGGUGAUUAUGCCGGGCAAUACGAUGCUGCCGAGCCACAGCGACCCCUUAUGCUGCACGGUCGACACAUCAAGAGUGGAAGAAGGCAGCGGCAAGCUCAACGCAGGUCGGAUCCGGACUGCGGUGGAGAAGGAGAUGCGCGCGAUGGACGGACAGGGUAGCUGGCGCUGUCGGGCUAUCACAGUAGACCCAAGGAACGUGGAUGGGAUCCGUAUCAUGUGUCGCGACGAUGCUGAACACAGGCUUGUCAAGCAGAUCGCGGAGAAGAGCUUCGGUCCCGGCACACGAGUUCUACAGGACGAACUCUACCCCGUGAAGAAUGAUAACGUGAAGAGAACCGAGGUACUGGAUGAGAAGGGCGAUGGCUCGCCACUUUCGCUCGUGCUCUUCCUCUUCUUUAACGCCGACCUCGUACAACACCAGAUCGACGAGAAUGGGGGCGCGCUGGCCUUCGUCGACGACUACACGGCGUGUGUCACCGGUCGAUCGCAAGAAGCAAACCGGGAAGGCAUCCAGAACAUCAUCGACAGAGCACUUGAGUGGGAACGACGAAGCGGGGCGACCUUCGAGACGGACAAGACGGCCAUCAUCCACUUCACGCGCAACUGGAGGCUGCCGGCAGACUCGACCAGCUUCGUCAUCAAAGGGGACACUGUCCGAGCAAAGGACCACGUCAAGGUGCUAGGGGUGACGAUGGACACGAAACUUCGCCUCGAAAAGCACAUCGCAGACGCGACGACAAAAGGGCUUGACGCCGUGCUGGGGCUCAGGCGCCUCAAAGGUCUGUCACCGGCGACGGCCAGACAGCUUUUCGUUGCGGCCGUGGCACCGACAAUGGACUUCGCGUCGAAUGUCUGGAGAUACAGAUGUCGAGCAGCGCAGAUGAGGGCGAUCAACCGAGUGCAGAGGAUAGGCGCCCAAGCGAUCGUGGGAACCUUCAACUCAGUGGCCACAGCGGUCGCUGAAGCGGAGGCAAGCAUACAAUCGGCGCAAGAGAGAUACGACAGAAAAUCAACGACAUUCUGGGUACGGAUGCGAAGCCUUCCCAAGACCCAUCCGCUUCGACGUCUGCGGGCGGUGGCCUUUAGACGGUUUCCAUCACCCUUCCAGUUGAUGGCGGAGGCCUACCGCGACCAACCUCUUGACAAGCUGGAGACCAUCGAAGGGUAUUCGAUCGCUCCAUGGGAACGUCGUAUUGAUACAGUAGUCGACGACGACGCGGUCAAGGUCACAGAAGCAAUCCAGUCCGGGUGGGCAGUGAGGAUAGCGACAGGGAGCUCGGCAAGAAACGGGGUUGUGGGCUAUGGAACGACCACAACGCUGCCUGCGUCACUCAGAGGGGGUGGCGGCGUGAUAACGGCCUCGCGCACACUGGGCCUGAGAACAGAGCAGAACCCGUAUGUGGCAGAGCUAGCGGCACUGGCAGAAGCGAUCAAGUCUCUCCCGCAGAGGCUCGACUACCGGGCUAUCCAUGUGUUCACCCGCAACAAAGCGGCUGUGCUAGCCAUCCGUAACCCGCGGCAGCAAUCAGGCCAACAAGAGGUCCGACAACUAUACUCCAGCAUGCAAGCUCUGCAGAGACGAGGCAACAGGUUCACGCUCUUCUGGCUCCCAUCAGCUGUAGAGUCAGACCUGGUGCAAGCGGCCAAAGCUGCAGCAAAGGAAAGCACGAGACCGAGCAAGACACCGCAGAAACGACCUGCUAGAGCCCACUCGACGGCACUUAGGAUCGCUUUACAGAGCGUGCGACAGAAGUACGGAGCUUUACCCAACAACGUAGGAGCACAUUCAAAAAAGAUCGACGUCGCUUUACCAGGAAGGCAUACAUGUGACCUAUAUGACGAGCUCUCUUGGAAAGAAGCCAGUAUCCUGGCACAACUGCGCACCGGCAUGGCAAGACUGAAUUGGUACCUGCACCAGAUCGGUGCAAUUGCCUCGGCGCAAUGCGCCUGCGGGCAAGCGGCAGAAUCGGUCGAGCAUUUUCUCUUCCGUUGCACACAGUGGACGGCACAACGAACCCAGAUGCUUCAACAGACGGAGUUGCAUAGAGGGAAUCUGUCGUACUUUCUCGGAGGAAAGAGCGCGUCCGAUCCUGAUGACUGGUCGCCAAACGUAGAUGUUGUCAAAGAAACCAUCAAGUUUGCUUUGGGUACAGAGAGACUGGAUGCACAGAUCAACCAGCAGCGAAACCACACACAACCUACAUCAACACACUAA